AUGACACCAACACAUAUACCUGUUGUACAACCCGUGCCUCUUCCCGCAGGGACAGCUACUUAUGAGGCGGCCAGGCUGGCGGUGCUGCAAAGGUUCGCGGCCGCCGUACCAAAAGAACUUCUUCUGCCUGACAGGGUCAUCCAGAAUCCGCCCAAGACUGUCGUCGGCGUCCCGCGCCAGUGCGGCCUCUUGUCUGAGGCGGAGCUCGACAUCACAGAGAAUUAUGAUGCGACGGCGCUCGCGGAGGCCAUUGCUUCCAAGAAGUUGACGUCGACCGCCGUAGUCACGGCGUUUGCCAAGCGUGCCAUGAUUGCACACCAGCUCACGUGCUGUCUUACCGAGUGGUUCAUGGACGAAGCCAUUGCACGUGCUCAGGAACUUGACGACCAUUUAGCUGCCACAGGGCAGACUGUAGGUCCCUUGCAUGGCGUUCCCAUUACUAUCAAGUCUCACAUUCCUAUUGCAGGGCAUUGGAGAGAUUUGGGAUACUUGGAUACGCUGACGAAGGACACCAAAGACAGUCAAAUGGUGGCUAUUCUGCGCUCUGCCGGCGCCGUAUUCUACUGCAAGACGAACCAGCCACAGAGCUUAAUGCAUCUUGAGAGCACAUCAUUCUACGGCAGAACCCUCAACCCGCACAACAUCAAGCUAUCGGCAGGGGGCUCGACUGGCGGCGAGGCAGCCUUGAUAGCGCUUCGCGGGUCGGUUUUGGGCGUCGGCACAGAUAUUGGAGGUAGCGUGAGGGGCCCUUGUGCAUUUUGUGGCAUCUACGGCUUCAAGCCCACAAGCUACUCGCUUCCGAUGAAGGAUUUCCUGGCGGGUGGUGUGUCUGCUGAAUUAAAUGUGUUGUGUUCCACAGGCCCUAUGGCCCUGACGUUGAGAGACAUGGAUCUCUUCAUGGCCGUCGUGAUAGGGUCGAAACCAUGGAUUGAAGACCCCCGAGUCAUACCUAUUCCGUGGACGGGAAUGAGAACCAGCGUCGGACAGCAGGUUGCAGAAAAGUGCCGAAUUGGUCUCAUGAUGCACGACGGGGUCAUCAUACCCCAACCGCCCGUCACUAGAGCUUUGAAUUGGGCUAAAUCACGUCUUGAGAAGGCUGGCUUUCAGGUCAAGCUAUUCAAGCCCUACAAAGUCGCCCGAAUAAUGGAAAACAUUCGCAAAGCAUACUGGCCAGCUGGUACAAAGUACACAGACGCCCAUCACGCUCUCACGGGGGAGCCCAAGCAUCCUCUCACGGAAUGGAUCCAGCGAGAAGCUGCUCCCGAGGAGCUGCUGGUCACAGCCGUCCUUGAACAAAGGCUUCUCCGCGACGACAUGCGUUCCGAAUUCUCAUUGGACUGGGAGAAUCAAGGCGUUGAUGUAAUCCUAUGUCCGGCAUUUGUAGGGCCCGCGAGCAGCCACGACACGGCGUGGUAUUGGGACUACACGGCAAUGUGGAAUUAUCUCGAUUGUCCCGGAGUAGUGAUACCCACCCCGAUCAAGGCAUUGAAGAAGGGCGAGGAAGAAUAUGAUGUCAAGGACGCACUGGGCGUGGAGUGCGCACGAGUUAGGAAGUUGUGGGACGAGGGCGACUUCGAAGACGCACCCGUUAAUUUGCAGCUUGUUGGGAGACGAUAUCACGAUAAUGAGCUGUUCCAGGCUUUGGCAGCUGCGAAGGAUGCGCUGCAGCUGCGGUAG